AUGCUUGACGUAAAAGCAGAUACCCCACACCGGAAGGCAUCGAACUCGUGCAAGAAAAUACUAAGUGAUAUGAUCGCAUGUUACCAAAACACAAUUUGUUAUAAGCGGGAAAACGCUACCUUCGAAGAAUGCCUACACAACCAUGACUUGAACGAGGUGGACGAAAACUGCAUCAUUUUGAGAAAGGCUUAUGCGCAGUGUCGCCGCAAUAUACUUAAUGGGAAUUUUAAAAUGUUGGGUAACCCCCUCUCGAGAUGA